CGCUAUUCUCCCCCUAGUCCUAGCCCAUCCGCCACCCUCCGCACCAGACCACCACCACCUUUCCAAGUUCCAACCCUUCUCCUUCCCUCGUCUGUCUUGUUCGUUUCCGCCAAGGAGGGGGAAGGAAGGAGCCGUACCGACGCGCGCGCGCGACUCUCGAGAUGGCUUCAGCCGCGGCCGCGUCGCGCCCGCCCGCCCCGCCACCGCCCCCGCCUCCGCAGCCGGCUGCGGCGGUGCAGUGGCUGGGGCCGCGGGUGUCGUUCAGCCUCGAGGACGCGGGCGGAGGAGGAGGGGGGAGGGAGGCGGCGCUGGCGGUGGCGGGUGGGAAGGCCGGGCCCAGCGCCGGAGCCGACUUCGAGUUCCUCCUCGGCGGGUGCGCGGCCGCGUCCAUGCUCCCCGCCGACGAGCUCUUCUCCGGGGGCAAGCUCGUGCCGCUCCGCAUCCCCGCGCCGUCGGCGGAGGAGGAAGCGGUGGGGGCGACGGCGGCGCAGUCGACGCUGCCGCCGAAGCACGCACGUGCGCCGGUGGCGGCGCAGCAGCGGGAGACGCCCCGGACGGAGGAGGCGAAGGGCGUGGCGGUGGUCGGCGGCGAGGAGCCCAAGAUCCCGGCGCGGAGGUGGCGGGAUCUCCUCCGGCUGCGGAAGCAGCAGGCGUCGUCGGGGUCCGGCUCCGCUGCGGCGAUUGGUGCGUCGUCGGAGCCGAGGCCGCUGCGCCGGCUGCUCCGCCGCGGUACGAAGCCGCCGGAGCCGGAGCCGUCCCUGAGCCUGCCGCUCCUCCGCGAGGUCGGCCCCGACGAGCAAGACAAGCCCGCCGAGAAGCCAACGCCAGCCCCCGCGCCGGCGCCGAUCUCGACAACCCCAACGCCGCCGGCACCACCACCGUCCCAGCAGCACCAGAACCUGCCUCCGAAGAUCCGGCUCUCCCCAUCUCAGCAGGCGUCGGCCCCGCCCCCGCCGCCCCCACCGCCUCCCCCUCCGGCCGCCGUCGCGGCCGACAGCCCGCGCCUGAACGCGGCCGGCAAGGUGGUGUUCAACGGUCUGGGGCGGAGCUCCAGCAGCCCGAGCAGCCUCGCCGGCGGGCGGCGCGGCCACCGCGCGGGGGGCGCCAUGGAGCGGUCCUACUCAGCGCACGUCCGCGUGGCGCCCGUGCUGAACGUGCCCGUCUGCUCCCUCCGCGGCUCCCGCAAGUCCGUCUCCGUGUUCGGCAUCGACCGCCUCUUCUCCCCGUCCGCCGCGGCCGCCGCCGCCUCCUCCUCCGGCGGGGCCAAGAAGAACAAGGCCGCGAAGAAGGACGUGACCGCCACCGCCGCCGCUCCUCAGUAACUUCUUGUUACCACUUACCAGCGCCAUUGACGAGCUCGCUCUUCCUUUCAAAUCAAACUUGUGCUUCAUUUAGCGACGCGUGAUCAGGGGUUAGCGAGUGUUUCUUGCGGGCAAACCGGAUGGUUAAUCUGGCAUGUAAAUACAGGCGAGGGAGUUGAAUCGGAUGAAUGAGUUGAGUGAAUGGGCAAAUGAGUUUUUGCCGGAUUUUACAGUGUUAUCUUUGGCUGCUUGCAUUGCUGUCAGUGGUAUAGCAGCAGUGCAUACCAGCUACUACUAGGUCUGAUGAUGAA